CACUGCUAUAUUCAUUUUUGGACUGAGAAUAUGGCAAAUUUUUACCGCCUUCGUCAGCUUGACAUGGUCAGAGAGGCGGAAAUGAGGCCAGAGAGGGGACUCACAGAUCGCAAGAAUCCAUUUGAACUGUACGAUGAUCGUGAUUUCAAGAUGCGAUACAGAUUUACAAAACACACAGCACUCUACCUAAUCAACAUCCUUGAAGAAGAUCUCAGUAGAAACACAGAUCGGAAUAAUCCACUACCUGUUGUGGUACAAGUCAUGACUGCUCUCCGUUUUUAUGCCGUAGGUUCAUUUCAAAUUAUGCAUGGUGACGAGGCAUCAAUAUCUCAGCCAUCUGUGAGCCGAGUCAUCAAGAAGGUUUCAGAAGCUAUUGCAAGAAGGAAACGGGAAUUCAUGAGAUUUCCAUCAACGAGAGACGAACUUGAAACAACGCAGCAGCAAUUCUAUGAGUACUGCGGCUUUCCCGGGGUCAUCGGUGCUAUAGAUGGGACCCAUGUCUACAUCAGGAGUCCUGGUGGGGAACAAGCCCUGUUUUUCCUUAACAGGAAAAACAGGUAUUCAGUUAAUGUACAGGUUGUCUGUGAUCAUGCUGGGAAAAUGACAAGUAUCGUGGCAAGGUGGCCUGGCAGCACUCAUGAUUCAAGGAUUUUCUCUGAGAGUUCGCUGAAACAACAGCUGGAGGCAAGGGCAGAAGGUACUGGGUGGCUACUUGGAGAUAGUGGGUACCCCUGCCUCCCGUUCCUCAUGACCCCCAUCCUACAUCCUCAUCCAGGGCCACAGAUGCGCUACAAUAAUGCCCACAAAAGAGGACGUUGCGUUAUUGAGCGCACCUUUGGCCGUUGGAAGAGGAGGUUCCCUUGCCUCAAUGAUCUGCGCGUGAAGGUGGACACUACCUUUACUGUUAUAGUGGCAUGCUCGGUUCUUUGGAAUAUCUCUCUCACUCGUGGAGAGCAAGAUAUUCAAGAACUUGAGCCAAUUGAUGAUGCAAUGCCACCUGACCACCUUCCUCCUGGCCUCCGUGAUGCUGUCGCUGGUAGGCUCAGGAGAGAACAGAUUAUUGAGGACCAUUUUACCCACCCUUAGAAUCUCCAGAGUAGCCACUCAGUGCCAUCUGCUCAGGCAACAGUUGUUCUUUCAGUUACUCCGGUGAAAUUCCAAGAAUUAUGAUGCUGUCAAGGUACUUGUUAUAUUUCCAGCUAGCAGGGUUUCAUGCAGCUACAUUUUAUUAUGUAUUAGGGCUUCAUAAAUGAAAGUGGUUGCAGUUAACACCGAUUUUACGAGAAAGUCUGCAAACCAAACUUAAUUGUCACCAUAACAGUGUGGAUCUAGGUCUGGUACAGUUACAUAAACUAAAGUUUGUGACAUCCUGAAUCUCAGCUGAAAAAUGAAAAAUCACACUCAAGAUCAGCAACUCAGAUAAGCACAUGUGGGAGAGUAUUUUUUAUUGUUUUGAAAAAUGCCCAACAAUUGACCUGAAUCCCUUGUUCGUUUUGCUGAUUUCUUUGCAAUUACACAAUUUUUUCCAGAAUCCUUUGGCACAUAUUUUUAUGCCCCCGCAGACGAAGUCCGCAGGGAGCAUUAUGCAUUGCCCCUGUCCAUCCUUCUGACCCUUCACUUGGUUUCUGUGCAAUAUUUAAUAGAUUUUAAAAAAUCCAGGCAAAGUUCAAAUUUGAAGUCCGCAGGUCAAAGCUUAUUAAAUGAGCGAGUUGGUUUCACCAAGAUAACUUAACCCUAUCUAGGCCGGGG